UCAUUGGCUGAGUAGCUUUAUCCCAGAUUGCAUUUCGAUUUCCGGCGGAAUUUCACGAACGUAAGCGGUGAUCAUGGAGACAGUAAACUGAAGUCGUGUGGAGAUCGAUCGAAUAUACACAUACAGUGAGAAUGCUAUAAAAAAGAUGCCUUCAGGAGGUAAAUAUGAACUGCUUGCACCAGUCACUCCUUAUGUCUGUUCCACGCCCCUUGACUUCAAGGAAGAACGAGAAUGGCUAGCAUCAAAGGUGUUUCCACACUUGCAAGAGGUGUGCAAAGCAAGGGGCUCAUACCUAGCUCCAGUAGAUGUGUGCUGGUCACCCGAGGAUACAGAAGUACAAGAUGGUCAUCUCUUGCAUCUCCUCCUGGACUGUGUGAAAAACAGCGCCCCCUAUUUCAUAUGUUUGCUGGGAGAGUGCUAUGGUCCUUAUAACCCAGAAGAUAGUCUUGACACUCUUUCAACUUCAAGAGGAAAUUAUAUGCCAUAUAAACCUGGUGGUCAGUGUAACUGGCUACACUUGAAUAUGGUCAAUGCAGCUCAGGCAGGACAUAGCUGGGUGAUGAAAGAUGGGCGGCAACAUUGUAGCUUUCUGGAACUGGAGAUCAUAGCUGCCACAUUUCUGGAACAUUGUGAUCAUGCCACCUUUUACUUCAGACAGGCCGACCACCUGGAAGUACGGUUUCCUCACUUAUCUGGUCAGGAGCGGGCUGUUCAGUACGCAUACAUGAUGGCAGAAAAUGAACAUGCAAGUCUAAAGAUUCAUGCACUGCAGCAUACAAUUGUGAAGAAAGGGCUACCUGUACGUUACUUCCGAACACCACAGGAGUUAGGCCACUUAGUCACAAGUGACUGGAUCUACAUCUUGGAUAUUGUCUGCCCCCCACUUAUUGAUAAUAGAUGUAUUUUAGGUAAAAAAGAUGACACAAAAAUGUUUUUAUUUAGAAGUCUUCAUACAUUCUUCCUAGUUAGUACUUUCAGCAGUUUAAAGGCCACUUUUAGGCAACUUCUAGAUGAAAUGAAAUUCAGACAAGGUGUUGCAGACACAGAAGACUACAGAGAAUGGCUGGCUCAUCAAGCACACAGGCAAAAGCUGCACAAGCAUUUUGUGACAUCUGCAACUGUAGAAUCAGCAAUGAAGCAGCUGACUGAGUUUGCUAUGUCUAGCACAAGUGGUCUCCAUGCCCAGGGAAUUUUUGAGGUGCAAACUGAGGACAGCUCUAUGUGCUUAUUACACAACAAAAAAGUACACAAUGUUUCAGAGCAUGUGACAGACAAGACAGUGCUGCUUGUGACAGGUGAUCGUGGUGUGGGAAAGUCUGCUCUUCUGUCACAUUGGCUGGCAGAGAUUGAGAGGGAGAACCCAGAUAUGUGUGUUUAUUAUCAUUUUGUUGGCACCAUACCUGGUGACAGCGACAUCACCAGUUUUCUUAGACGUAGCAUAUGCAGCCUACGGAGACAAUUUUACUCAAGAGAACUGCACUGUUCUUCUGACUUUUCUGCCCUUUGUCAAACAUUUGUUGCAACAGCAAGUCUAGGGCCAUGUGUUGUCAUUCUUGAUGGAAUUAAUGACCUGUCUUCAUCUUUGGGCUGCUCCCAGACUACGGUGAAGAAGUUUGCAUGGCUUCCAUUUCCUUUGCCAUCUCAAUGCCGCCUCAUUUUGUCCACGGUAUGUUCAGACCUUACACAUCACUCUCUAAUAAAGCGCACAGAUGUCAGUGUUAUGAUCCUGCCAGGCAUCAGUCACCUGCCACUAAAGAUGUUGCAGCUGGAGGCCAGGCUGAAACCCCACCUGCUACCUUACAUCCUCCGCAAUCAACAACAGAUUCGUGACCUUCGAAUGUUGACAACACCAUUAGCAGUGUGUAUUGUUAGCUCACAAGUCAACAACUGUUACACUGACACACAGCUGAAUCAGAUCCUAGCAGAGCAUGCUGACACAGUCUCUCUGCGAGCCUUUCUCACCUGUUGUCUCCAGCACUGGACUGUUGAGGGAACAAAUGAUUUCAAGUGCCUGUUACUUCUGCAUACAGGCAUAGUGUACCAUUUACCUGAGUUCAGUAAAACACAUUCUCCUGCUAGUACAUGUUCUGAUACUCAGGCUCACACAAAUAACUAUGAAUACCUAAUUACACCAAAUACUGUACUUUGUCAAAAAAUAAAAUUUGUUGAAUUUCUCUGCAGAUGGCGCACUUUAAAAACAAUUGACGACAGAGUGUGUGUGUGUGAAUGUGUGUUUAUUUGGAUAUGUGUGUAUGUAGAUUACAGAGGCUGGGUGGCAGAGGCACUUUGCUUGCUGGGUGUUUCACGUGGAGGUUUGUAUCAAGAAGAAUUACUUCAGCUACUGGAGAUGUCUGGCUACACUGGAGACUUACGUGUGACAGUGCUGAGCUGGCUACAUUUCCGUUGGCGUGUAGGAGAGAUCUUAUGUGAAGGAGCAGAUGGUCGCAUUUCCUUUUCACACCCUUAUGUUAGAGAUGCCAUCUUAUACGUUUUGCUACGCUCCAUUUCAACCUUCUGCGAUGUUUUCAUGGGAAUAUCAGAACCACAGCAAAGUGGUAAGUGCAAAGUACAUGCACAGCUGGCAGACUUUUUUAUUAAACAACCGGUGUCAUGGAGACAGCUGGAGGAACUACCUUGGCAUCUAGCAAUGACUGGCAACACAAAAGAGUUGCUAACUUUUCUUACCCAUAGUCGCGUUGUUUACAUGUUCCUGGCCCAGAAGCUGACCCACCCUCAUGCCAGUCAAAUUCUACAACUUUACUGGCAAAUUGUGCAACAUCAGGGCUGCAGUAUUGGGCAACAUUAUAUAAGGCUUCUCAUGGAUCUAGGCUUACACACUGUGCCUACUGCUCUCAGACAGCUGCUCUCACAGCCUGCUGUCAUAGGAGAAAAUUUUAAAUACCUCUUGAGCGUACAGUCUUUUCUUUCUUGUGGCAAAGUUGGAAGGGAAGAUGGCAAGGCUACUAGUACACCAUCAGAACCCUCAGGGUCUACUGAAAAUCUUGGUCAGAGAAGCAGCAGGAGUAGUCUCCUUUAUCCCAGUAUUCUGGGAGGAGUACCACUAGAGGACCAAAAAAAUGUGUUGGCAGUCCUAGCAUGGGGAGUCCAUCAGUUUCUACAGGAAGUUGCUGAAGAGAUGGGUAGCAUGCUCAUCCUGACAGCACUUACCUCCUACCUUCAGGCCAGCUUUCCACUACCUGUAGAUACUCACUUACUCCUUGCUCAUGCUUUGGAGAACCUUGGCAGCUGUCACAGCAAACUUGGCAACACUUUAGGUGCUAGAGACCUCAUCAAGCAAGCUCUUUGCUUAAUGUUUGAUCUUGCUAUCAUAGGGGAUAAAUUGACCUGUAGCCAGCAGAUCUGCACCCUGAAAGGUGUCUUGUUAGGCCAUGAAGCAGAGCUGUGUAUAAGUGAGGGAGACAUUUUUCAAGGUAGAGAGCUGCUUUCUCAGGCUCUAGACAUCCUUUCACAUCUGCCUGGUAAUCAUGCUCUUCGUGCAAGGCUACUGAGUCACCUGGGACGUCUCAGGUCACAAAAGGGAGAGACAGAGAAGGCAGAAGUCACUUUGAGACAUGCCUUGACAAUGUUACAGCAAUGGCAUGGCUCAACACAUGCAGCUGUUGCUGAUGGACUCCUCUACCUUGCUCGUCAUCUCUCCAGUCCUGACUAUAUCAGGCAACAUGGGCACCAGGAAGUGGAAGGACUUUACCGCCAGGCACUUGUGGUACGGGAGAGCUGCUUUGGUAGUAGCCACAUAAAGGUGGCAGAGGUGCUUGUAGAACUUGGCAGUCUGCUGGUAAAUGUGGAAGGCAGUCAGCAAGCUAAGAUGGAAGCAAAAAAUCUUUUACAGAGAUCUCUGGAUAUUAGCAUCACAACCCUAGGUGCUGAUAAUCCCAAGGCACACUAGCAAUACAAGAGAGUUGCGACAAGUGGAUGGGCUGCUAUAUGUAAACAGUCUUGGCCCACAGAGACCACACAGUUUAACAUAUUCUCAGCACAGACUGUUACAUAAUGCAGGAAACACAAGAAGCGGAUAUAUGGGGAAACGCUUGCUCAAAACCUGGUCAUUUAGUAAAUUAUCUCAAAGUCAUGAAGGUAACAGUCUUUUAGCCUGGUCUCACUUGCCUGCUGCAGAAAGUCAUUUAACUGACCCUGCUUUGUUUUCACAAAACAAGACUGGGCCUAGAUCUACAGUUUCUUCGGCUCUGUCCGAAGUUAGAGUGGCCAGGUGUCGCACAUCUAGAGGAGAAUCCAAAAAAUGUAUGGUGUAGCUCAGAAGAUGUGGUGAUAAUGGAGAAAAACAGUCCGAAGGAGUGAAGAACCCUGCAGACAGCUAAUGGUCUCCCUGCAGCUGGGCCAGCAAGCUUUAGAAAGUCAGGAAAAUGGUCAGCUCUUGCCACAUCUCCAGAACUUUGGUCAGCUGAGGGAUAGGGAUAAUUAUGAAAAGCAGUGCAUAUGUACCUUUAACUACUUCUGCAAAGCAAGAUGUUUCUACACUCAGGCAGGUGGCAGUGCGACCUUUCAGUGCUCCUAAGAAACUUUUCCAGAAGUAUGAUGGUGCUAAUAAUAGCAUAGUUGAAGAUAAAAGUCUUACAUGUUUUUAUGAUCUUCAUAGUCAAAAACACAGAUCUGGAAUGCUAAAGAGAUGUCUUCUGGUGCAAAGGGUAGAAAGUUGUCUUCACAUGCUUGGAGUGCAGACAGUAUGCCAUCUAGUCGGGGACACAGUGUCAGGUGCCACACCCCUCAUCCUCACAGCAUCAUUGUUAGCAGCAGCACAUCUGUGCAGGGUCCUAACUCCCAUUUGCUGUCUCUGCUAGGACCGCCUCCUUAUGUCUGCAGCGCCCAUACCAUAUGUCAUCAUCGUUCUGCUUGCUAUCAUGUGCCAGGGCGCUACAGUACCUCUUCAGACCGGUCAGUAAAGGUCUACAGUACUUUUAACACUUUGCCAGGACAGAAAAAUUGGAGUGUUGUCUUAUGUAAAAGAACAAAUCUCUUCAGCAAUCAUCCCUGACUUCCCUGGCAUAGCAUACAUCAGGGGUGCCCAACCUAUGGCCCAUGGGCCACAUUCGGCCCACGAAGGUGCCUCAUCUGGCCCACUCAUUUUAACCAGACACAACAUGAUUUCAUUUUUAACAUCAUGAUUCUUGCAAAACUGCCAUGUUCUGGCCCGCAAGAUUUUAUAUCAUGUCUAGUGUGGCCCUCAGGCAAGAAAAGGUUGGGCACCAAUGCCGUACAAGCUGUCUGUGUUUAUAAAGAAAAACACAAAAAGAAAACAAAUGCAAAAGGUAAAGAUACCAGAGCUGCCUCCACAAUAGCUACUGAUGAAAACAUAUACUAUUAAUUUACAAAUCAGGUAAAAUCAAAUGGUUUCUGUCUCGAUGUGUGCUGAGGUUUCUUCCAACACCUUGUUUAUUGACAGAGCUUUCUUUCAUUCGAACAUUUCUUGUUACUUCCUGUAUUUAUCUUUUGUAUUUUGGCCUUUUAUAUGGUAUGUAGCAUGGGAGUUCUAUGCCUGGAGCUUCAUUUCACUGGUUUACAUGUUUUAUCACCCUCUUUCAGUGGUUUUUAUGAAUUAUUAUUUUGAGGAUGACAACAACUUCAUCUCCUUUAGGUGUUUUCUUGAGGGCCUACUGCUACAGUAGCCCUGGACUUAAACUGCAAGGUCAGCAUGAGUAGUCUUUUUUAAUAAUCACAAAUAGCACAUUUGUAGAGUACCUUUAUCCAGCAGCAGCCAGACUCAAGGCGCUUAAAAUAUAAACACAUAAGAAUAAUAAUGGUCAAAAAACAGUUCAUUGUUUUUAAGGUGAAUGAUUUUAAUGAUUUUUUAGAAAUAUUUUUAUCGUAAAUUUCUUGUAGACAGUAAUAUUGUAGAUGUUACCAACAAAAUGGACCAUUUUGCUAUACUACUGCACUUAAAAUGUAUUUGUUUUCACUUUUACAUUUUUUUAUUUCUUUGAGUUUUGCAUUUUCUGUCAGUCACUGUUUUUGUAAGAAUUUUUUUUUUUUAUUGUUUUCUUUAGUGUUUGUAGGAGCAUGAUGUUUCCAGUUAAUAAAAUUGACUUUCCAUAUAAUUUGCUUGUGUAUUUCCAUUUUUAGGAUUUUUGCUUUGGAUUUUGGAAUUAACUUUGCAGAGCUCAUUAAAUACAUUAAAAUCCUA